AUGAAGGGGAAGGGGAAAUUCAUCCCAAACAAGAAAAACAAAAUCCUCACUCUUGCUGGAAUCUUGCUUUCUUGUUUUGGAACGGUUAAAGCUAAACCAGAGAGUGGAAGAGAUGGUCAUCUCUUGGAGCAGAUUCGUUCAGUUUCUAGACAAAAAGGAGAGCUACAGCAGCAGGAGGUUGAGCUCCGAGCUCGGAUGUUGGCUAUGGAGAUCCAGAGAAGCUUUGAGUCUCGUUCUGCACAGUAUGAGAAUGUUGCAGCUAGAUUGCAGGCCUGGGCGAAUGAGAGUCUACUCAGAGAACAAAACAAAGAAGUUGCUACUCUAAGAAGUGAGCGUGAUCAUUUUGAAGCUGAGAGGUCCCAAAAUAUACAUAAAAUAUCUGAACUUGAGGAGUAUUUUCAGGAGAAAGAGAGACAAUACGCUGCAUUUCACGAACAGGAUAGGAUUGCUCAAGAAACAAGCAAGUACAAGGAUGAGCAGCUGAGAGAAGCGCAAGGUUGGAUGGCGCGUGCGCAAGAGAUGGAUGCUUUCCAAUCAUCUACAAAUCACUCCUUGCAGGCUGAAUUGCGAGAACGUACUGAGCAGUAUAACCAGCUAUGGCAUGGUUGCCAAAGACAGAAAAGGGAUGUUGAUCUUCUGAGGCAUGGGGUACCUUCAAGCGGGUCAGAUGAACCCUCUGCACUCAUUUGUCAUGCAUCAACAAGAGAUUACUCGGGGGGCUUCACCUCAAGUUGCACCGUCAGUGUUACUGCAGCAAAAGGUGUGAAGACUAAGAAUCCAUCUUUUGUUGGAAGAAUGCUACAGUCCCCUGCUCAAACUAGCAAUGGAGCUCAAUACGGAUCAAGUACACCAUCGUCCUCUGUGAAUGAACAGGUAGGGGAUGUUCUUGUUAACAAUCUAAUGGAACUUGUUCAAAACGAUACUAUCUUAGAGAUGAUCGUGCAUGAAACUCUAGUCUCAUCCGGCAAAGAUGAGAGGAACUUAGAGAGCGCUCUUCUCGAUGAAAGGUCGCUUUUGGCUUGUAUCGUUCGUACUAUACCAGCUGGUGAAAGAGUCAGAAUCAGUUCAACGGUGAGAGUCGAAACCAAUCACAAUGAGAGUGAAUUUGGAAGUGGUCUCUUUCUUAUAAACACACCUGCUUGCAAAAUGCUAGCGCCUCUGCAAUGGCAUGAUUACAGGAAGAAGUACGGGGAGGUUGAAGAUUUUGUUGCUAGCCAUCUCGAGAAGGGGACUUACAUUCAAGUCAGAGAAGGUGCACAGAAAAUGGUAGCAGCGUCAGUUUCAGCAGCAACGUACAAAGUGGCGGCAGCAGCAGCUUUAUCAUCUCCAAACUCAAUGUAUGUGGCAAUGACUCCUAUGGCUCAAUCUCAGGGGUUAAAGAAGAAUGACAAAACAGUGCAAAGAGGAAGACAGAGUUGUGAUUAUAUGGCGCCACAACAAAGAAACCACUGA